AUGGUGGGUACUCAGGUUUUCCAUGACUGUGUUCCAGAGCAGAACUCCGGCCUACAGAAGGUUGUUCUGGACCUGGACCUGAAUCCAGCGGAGAGUCCUGCUGUUCCAUCUCAGCAUGCGUGUCCUGGUGCUGCACUCACUGAAACUGAACCAAGACCAGGACCAGGACCAGGACCUGGAACUGGACCCGAGUUUGAGCCUGGAUCUGCUCCUGAUCGCAACCCUGAACGACGUCCUUUCUCUGAUUACAACAUUCAGCUUCAAACACGUGACGAUGUGACGUCUGAUUACCAGAAUGACUUCAGGGAAGUGAUGACCUCCGGGAGUGACGACUAUAUUGAGGUAAAGAGGUGGUUGAAGGGCACUUUGGAGAAUUUGGACUCCAGGGGGCUGAAGGAAUUCCAGUGGUACCUGGUGAACGCAGAUGAAUCAAAGGAUGGUUUCAACCCGAUCCCACUGUGUCGUCUGGAGCAUGCGAACAGAUUGGACACAAUAGAUCUGAUGAGUCAGAGAUUCUCCUCAAAGACCAGAGAGGUGGCCGAGACGGUUUUAAAGAAGUUACAAACAGAAAAAUCCUUGCCGGAACUUGUUUUCCAGGACGAUCCAGUCUUUCCAGCUGGUGCAACAGAGAGAACUGUCAGGAUGAUGAGUGACUUUGUUAAGAAAGUGUCUAUACAAACCCUGACGGAGCUCUUGGAGGCCCUCUUAACUGACGGUGUCUUGGAUGAGCGGGACAAGAAGUCGAUACUGGAGGAGAACCACACCAGAGUAAAUAAGGCCAGCUGCCUUGUCGACAUUGUGAUGCAAAAGGAUGAGGAAGUCUGCAAUAAGAUGAUCAAUCAUCUUCAAACCAUAAAUCCCUCACUUUCCUCUGAGCUGGAUGUGUCCGGCGGUCCAUCUGCUGCAGGACUUGAACCCAAACCAAAACCUAAAUCUGAAGCAGGACCUGGACUGAGAUCUGCUCCUGAUCCCAACCCUGAACAACGUCCUUUCUCUGAUCACAACAUUCAGCCUCAAACACAUGACGAUGUGACGUCUGAGGACCAGGAUGACUUCACGGAAGUCAUGACCUCCGGAAGUGACGACUAUAUUGAGGUAAAGAGGUGGUUGAAGGGCACUUUGGAGAAUUUGGACUCCAGGGGGCUGAAGUUAUUCCAGUGGUACCUGGUGAAUGCAGAUGAAUCAAAGGAUGGUUUCAAACCGAUCCCACUGUGUCGUCUGGAGCAUGCGGACAGAUUGGACACAGUAGAUCUGAUGAGUGAAAGAUUCUCCUCAAAGACCAGAGAGGUGGCCGAGAUGGUUUUAAAGAAGUUACAAAGUGAUAAAGAAAAACAUGUUAUCCAGGACGAUCCAUUCUCUCCAGCUGGUGCAACAGAAAGAAAUGUCAGCAUGUUGAGUGACUUUGUUAAGAAAGUGUCUAAAGAAACCCUGACGGAGCUCUUGGAGGCCCUCGUAACUGACGGUGUCUUGGAUGACCGGGACAAGAAGUCGAUACUGGAGGAGAACCACACCAGAGUAAAUAAGGCUAGCUGCCUUGUCUACAUUGUGACGCAAAAGGAUGAGGAAGUCUGCAUUAAGAUGAUCAAUCAUCUUCAAACCAUAAAUCCUUUACUUUCCUCUGAGCUGGAUGUGUCCGCCGGGCUAUUUGCCGCAAGUGAGUUUACGUCCUUCUGA